CACAAUAUAUGUUGACAGAGUGACAAUGUCCACUCCAGGGGUUGACAUGUCUGACUAUGAACAACUGGGCUGCUUACAUGAUCUCUUUAUCAGGCAGGCUCAGAAGACACCAGGGAAGGUUGCAGUGGUUGACUGUGAUGGCUCACAAAUAACUUUUGAGGAACUAGACAGAAUGAGUGAUCUUUUAGCAAACAAACUUCACAGACUAGGACUUGGAAAGAACAAAGUUGGAGGUAUUUUAAUGGAACGUUCAUUAGAAUACACUGUUGCCUACCUCGGCAUUUUGAAAGCAGGAGGAGCUUAUUUACCAAUAGAAGUAUCAUGGCCAAAAACACUGCUAGAUUCAGUUCUGGAUGAUGUCAAUCCCUCUGUGAUAUGUACUAAAGAAGCACUUAGUGCUAGAAUAACUCACUCUGGAAUCCCUUUCUUUCUUUUGGAAGGAGAUUGGCUUCAACAGUUAAGACAUGAACAAAAAGAUCUUCCCAUGAAAUCUCCUGUAAAAUGUUCUCUAGAUGAUAUUGCUUAUGUUGUUUAUUCUUCAGGCACUACAGGGAAACCUAAAGGUAUACAAUGUCCUCACCGUGGAGCUGUUUUCUCUUUUACUUGGAGACAUCGUGCAUAUCCGUACAAUGAACAUGACAGAGAGGCAUGCAAUGUCUUCUUUGUUUGGGAAAUGUUGCGCCCUCUAGCUCAAGGUAUACCAAUGUACAUAAUUCCAGAUGACACCAUCUACGAUCCUCCAAAACUUGCACAAUUCAUCCUUAGAAAUAAAAUUACAAGAAUGCUGUUUACACCCUCCUUGCUUCAAGCAUUACUUGAAUAUAAAGGAGUAGAUCUUCAAAGGAGUUUGAAGUCAUUGAGACAAAUAGUAUAUUGUGGUGAGGUUUUAACAACAGUCCUAAGAAAUAAGGUGGCUGGUUUUCUGCCCUGGAUACAACAGCUCAACCUCUACAGUAUAUCCGAGUGCCAUGAUGUCUCAAACGCAGAUUUAUCAGAUCCACAGCUUGAUCUAAGUUCAAGACAGUUCUGUCCAGUUGGAAGAUUGUUAACUGGAGUUCAAGUGGUUGUUCUGGAUCAAGACCUCAAUAUUAAAUCGGUUGGAGAACCAGGAGAGAUUUAUGUUGGUGGACCUGGCCUUGCCAUCGGUUACCUUAACAGGCCUGAUCUGAACAAAGCGAAGUUCAUUGCUCGUCCUGCUCACGUGCCUCCAAGUGUCGGAGACCGGUUGUAUCGGACAGGAGACUGGGGCUAUCUGCUCAGUGACGGCAGCCUGGAAGUCUGUGGUCGAUGUGACACUAUGGUCAAGAUCAGAGGAUAUACUGUAGAGCUCGAGGCAGUGAAAACAAAUCUGAUGGACUUGCCUGGCAUAUUGUCUGCCUGUAUUCAGGCUUUUGGGCCUGAAGGAGAGGACAAAACAUUGGUAGCUUUUGUUACACCUCAGGAAAAUGUAACACUUUCAAAUCGGGAGCUGCGAUUACAACUGAAGAAAAGAUUGCCAUUUUAUAUGAUUCCUUCUAGA